AUGUCUGACUAUCCACAGCGCGAGAGAUCUCGCUCGCCUCGUCGUCGUCCUUCUCGCAGCCCCCGACGUGCCCGUCGUUCGUACUCGCCUCGCAGUCGCUCUCGCAGCCGUGGUGACCGUGGUGACCGUGGUGACCGUGACGAAUACCGUCGUACCGAUCGCCGUUCUCCCGAACGUCGCUCUCGCUCCCCAUUGAGCAACUCAGGUGCUGCUGGACCGUCGGGCUCGCCUUACGGUGGACGCAGUGGUUAUCCGCCUGCCAGAUUUGAGGAUCGCACCGUCGCUAAAGAAAACAUGAUGCAAACCGUUCGCGAUUCGUCCCAGCAAGACCGUCGGGUCUAUGUGGGCAACCUUUCCUACGAUGUCAAGUGGCAUCACCUCAAAGAUUUUAUGAGACAGGCUGGAGAAGUUCUCUUUGCCGAUGUUUUGCUUCUUCCUAAUGGAAUGUCGAAGGGAUGCGGGAUUGUGGAAUACGCUACCAGGGAGCAAGCACAGAACGCUGUCAACACGCUUAGCAACCAGAACCUGAUGGGUCGUCUUGUUUACGUCCGCGAGGACCGCGAGGCCGAGCCCCGUUUCGUCGGGGGUCCUCCUCGAGGUGAUUUCGGCGGCCCCGGUCGUGGUGGAUUUGGUGGUGGUGGCGGUGGUUUCGGCGGUGCUCCUGGCAACGCUGGCCGUCAAAUCUAUGUUUCAAACCUUCCAUUCAACGUUGGCUGGCAAGACCUGAAGGAUCUGUUCCGCCAAGCUGCUCAGCAGGGUGCCGUCAUUCGUGCCGAUGUGCACACCGACCCCAGUGGACGCCCCAAGGGGUCUGGUAUCGUUGCUUUCGAGUCUCCCGAUGAUGCCCGGAACGCCAUUGCUCAGUUCAACGGUUACGACUGGCAGGGCCGCAACCUUGAGGUUCGUGAGGACCGCUUCGCUGGUGGCGGUCCCGGUGGCAACUUUGGUGGACGCGGCGGCUUCGGUGGUGGCUUCGGCGGCCGCGGCGGUUUCGGCGGCCCUCCUGGCCGUGGUGGCUUUGGUGGCCGCGGUGGAUUUGGCGGCGGCUUUGGUGGCCGUGGCGGCUUCAGCGGUCCCCCCGGUGGUUUCCCCGGUGGUGGUUUCGACCACGGCGGUGCUCCGGUUGCCUCGGCUCCUCCUAACCCUUUCACUGACUUUGCCACGUCCAACGGUGACAAGAGCGGUGGCAUCUAUGUUCGCAACCUGCCCUGGUCUACCUGCAACGAUGAUCUGAUUGAUCUGUUCUCUACCAUUGGCAAGGUUGACCGUGCCGAGAUUCAGUAUGAGCCCAACGGCCGCUCCCGCGGUACUGGUGUCGUCCAAUUCGAUACCGCAGACACAGCAGAGACUGCCAUUUCCAAGUUCUCCGGCUAUCAGUACGGUGGUCGUCCCCUUGGCAUCACUUUUGUCAAGUACAUGACUCCCAACGCCCCUCACGACGACAUGAUGGAGACUCAGCAGGAGCACCCCUCCGGUCUCACUCAGGACCAGAUUAUGUAA